AGGAUGUGUACCUCUUCAUCUAUACCUGGUCCAGCUCUGUGUCCCUGUGUUUACAGGAAUAGAAAGGAUGUGUACCUCUUCAUCUAUACCUGGUCCAGCUCUGUGUCCCUGUGUUUACAGGUAUAGAAAGGAUGUGUACCUCUUCAUCUAUUACCUCGUCCAGUUCUGCGGCCACUCCUGGAUACUGACAAAUAUGACAGCCAGAUUCUUCUCAUUUGGAAAAGAUUCAAUGGUCGACACGUUUUAUGCCAUCGGGCUGGUUAUGCGGGUUUGCCAGUCCAUAUCCCUCCUGGAGCUGCUGCACAUUUAUAUUGGCAUUGAGUCAAACCAUCUCUUCCCAAGGUUUCUGCAGCUCACAGAGAGAGUGGUCAUCCUUUUUGGGGUGAUCACCAGCCAAGAGGAAAUCCAAGAGAAAUAUGUGGUGUGUGUUUUAUUCAUCUUCUGGAAUCUCCUGGACAUGGUAAGGUACACGUACAGCAUGCUGUCAGUCAUCGGAACAUCUUACGCUCUCUUGACAUGGCUCAGUCAAACGCUGUGGAUGCCAAUUUACCCUCUGUGUGUUCUUGCCGAAGCAUUUACCAUCUACCAGUCACUGCCUUAUUUUGAGUCGUUUGGCACCAACUCCACUGUGCUGCCGUUCGACAUAUCCACCUGUUUGCCUUACGUGCUGAAGCUGUAUCUCAUGCUGCUCUUCAUAGGAAUGUAUUUCACCUACAGCCAUCUUUACACAGAAAGAAAAGAUGUCCUCAGAGUCUUCUCUGUCAAACAGAAGAAAAUGUGAGGCUUUGUUCCUGACCAUCACACAAGAGAGAAGACGGGCUGCUGGGUCACCCUGCAGCAGAUACAACCCUGGGCAUAUGCUAGAGAAAGAGAACUGAGAACUCGACAACAAUCUUUUACAUGGAUUCCUGCAGGCACCACAUAUUCUGUUCUGCCUCGACCGUGCCUUACGAACACAUCUUCCACAGGCACAGCACACCUUGCUGCACCAGAUCUGUGGACUUCACACAGUGUGAGGUCUAAAUGUUUCUGUGUGAAGUUGAUGAGAAAUAGAUUCAGUGGAGUAAGCUCAAUUGACUUGAGAAACCAAUUGAUUAACUUCUGCAAUCACAACUAGCAGAUUUAUAGGAAGGGAACGCUGUAAAGUAUCCUCUUUAAUCCUAGGAUAACAUACUCUACAGACAAAUGCCACCACCCUUAGAGCCAAGCAGUUUGAGCAUUAUGUAUACUUAGAUACCUAUAGACAAAUGCCCUCCCUACCUUUAGAGCCAAGCAGCUUGAGCAUUACGUAUACUUAGAUACUCUACAGACAAAUGCCUCGGCCCUUAGAGCCAAGCAGCUUGAGCAUUAUGUAUACUUAGAUACCUAUCAAAUAUCUUCUGUGUCUUAGCUCAGGCUGCUGGUGUGUCACAAAGUGCACCCCCCACCCCCAGGGCUUAGUUGUCAAAACAACAGAAAUUUAUGUUUUACAGUUCUAGAGGCUUGGACAUCCAAGAGCAAGAUGCUAGCCAGUUCAGUAAGAUUAGAUGUGAACUGUAGAUCUGAUCAGCUGCUCUAACAGGAACACUGCCAGUUUGAGCUGUAGCUAACAGAAAUAGGAAGAAAGUUGGACUUCUUGGAACUUGAACUCUUUGAUAUAUCUCCAAAAGAUACAUUCUGAUCCUGUAUCAAAGAUGAUCAGAGUUGCCCCCUAAGUUACACAGGGGCAACUUAUUAGCCCUAAUUUGUAUGAUGAUGAGUUCCCUAAGAAAAAUGGGGCUUCCACUCCAGAUGUCUUUUCUUCCUCAGCUUUGACUACAAUCACCUUUACCAAACCCUAAAAGGUGACAUUAGCAUCUUAAAACUCUUCCAUCUUCUACUUAAUGUUAACAUUACUAAUUCAAGUCAUAAAAUUUUUUUAGCAGCCCCUUGGAUACCAUGGGGCUAUUAAAUUAUGACUGUAACAUGAUUUUAGACAAUUGCAUGGAUACCCACAUCUUUGCCAAAUGCACACUUUCCAAAUCCAACCUGUGUUUGGAUACUUCUUGAGGCACAAUGUAGCUUUAGCCCUACACUGGUGCAUCCCCAAAUACUAUUCGUCUUGGCAACUCCUGUUUUCAAAGGCUGACAAGAGAGGACUUGAAACCAAGACUCCUUUGUAUAGUUAAGAACAUGGUCUAAAAAAGAAACAGCAGCUUGCUUGUGUCAAACAAAGUGGAGCAACGUGAUAGAACAAUUUAACACUUAUUUGGGGGUCAUACAGGUAACCAGGAGGGAGGCUAUUAUUUCGUUAGCAUACCUUUGAGUUUAAUCUUUAGAGUUACCAAUUUAGAAUCCUUAGAGGUCCAUAGGCAGAAAACCUCAUGACUUCCAUCCAUGACUGAUCAAAACAGAAAGGACGAGGAAAGAGGAGACUGAGGAUUAUUCUAUUUCCUUCUUUUUGUAAACUUCUGUUUUCUUGUGAAGGACAGGAGGAAAUACCAGGUUUGAAAAGAAAUCAGGCUGAAAAGACACGAGAAAUCUGAAAUUUGAAGUCUAGGCAGAUUCUUCCUUUCCUUGGCAUCAGCAAAUGCUUGGUUGCUGAUUCACGAUGUCUCCAGUGCCCACUUCCUCUUCAGGGCUCAGUCUCCUGUGUUUCCAAGGUACCCUGGAAUCCACAGCUCUUUAAUGCAUGCAGACACACUUGGUUUGCUCCACUAGGCUCAAACUUCCCAGUGCCAAAAGCCUGGUGUUUCUCUUAGCAGAUCUGCACCUUAAAGUGGGAGCCAAGGUGUCUGAUGCAGUAGCAAUAGCUUUGGAUCUAGGCUUUAGGACCUUGCUUUUAGGUAAAACACUCCCACUUACUAAAUAUUUUUUGCUCCAUCUUAAAAUAGAAAACAGUAUUCCCUGGGCAUUGUUGCAAGACUUCAAACAAGCUAAGCCAAAUGAAAAGUCUAGUGUACUGACUGUCUGGCACCCAAUAGUAAAUGCUAGAUGUCUUUCAGUCUCUAUUACACAUGGGACGAGAAAAAGGCUGUAUAAAUCACUUCUUUCUCGCUUGUCUUAAACUUAUUUCCUUGUAGUCUAUUUUGUAAAGAAAUUAUAUAUCUGGAAAAUAAAAUUAGUAAUGCUACUUUGAACGUGCCAGGUGCACUUUGGGACGAGAAGGUAUGUGCCACCUGUGAGUAGUAGAAGUUGUGUGGUGUUUGUGAAGCCCCAGUCAUGGUGCAUGGCAGAUACGAAAGCACCUGGUGUUCAGUGUCAUGACUUCUUCACAAUGAUUACCUAUUUUUACAUUUAUAUGACUAGUUGCAGACUGAGCCCAUGUGAAGUCACGAUAAUUAGGACAAAAUUAAAAUGCUGCCUGAGUUUCUAGCCACUGCAGUAGCUGAGACUGUGAUAUCUCUCAAACCUUUAGGCCAUGGAUCACUCUGGUGAAGGGAGCAGGAUUUAUAAAAAGGGUGAUCUCCUGAGGACCCAGCUAUCCGUUUUUGCUUGCCUAACAGCCUAUCAUCUUUCUCCUGUGGAAACUUAGGUCAGGUGGUUUGCUGGGGCUCCCUCCCCUGUGACUUAGGCCUUGUCACCGAGUGUAUCCCACCUGCCAGUGACCAGAUACUUGUUCAGAGCGUUACAUGACUUCUAGCGUCCUCACGGUGCUGCUUCUCCCAUGGCUGUGGGGAAAAGAACCUUUCUGUGCCUUUGAGGUUGCUGUCAGACACCUUGUCAAGUAGGAUGCACCAUCUCCAGAGGAAUGGAUCAGCAUCACGGGAUUCAUCACACCUACCUUGGAUUUCUUUGUGAACUCACAGUCUCCUUUGCGGCUACUGCUACUGUGAAGCGGAUACCUUCACUUGGACGCAUGACAACCAAGCACAGGAGUUACACCUGUCACUGAGAAACCUAACCUGGGUACCAGUGGGUGUCAUGCCUAGCGAUCUGAAUGUGCCUAGCAGUUCUCUUAAGUGUGUUUUAGCAGCAAGGAUAAAAAUCUGUCUAACCCACUGACUCAGUGGUUUCUUCUGUGGCUAACAAGGAAAAUAGAUCAUCAUACCCUUGACACCUCUAUGGUUCACUUUCACAGGCAAACCACAGACUUAAAAAUAAAGGUUGCAUUACACA